GGCGGGGCGUGUGGUCUUGGAGACCGCCACUGCGGGGCCCGUCUCGGCCCUGAGCGGCCCGGGGCGUUCCAGGCGGCUCCUGCUGCAUGACACCUCGCUUCGCUAGGCCUCGAAGCGCUGGGGCAUGAGGGAAGGCAGCGCCUCCGCAGGCCCCAGCCCAGCCCUGCCUCAGCGCCCAAGCGGCCCACGGUGCACCAGGAUUUCUCCUGAGCCUAUAAGAACACCAGGGACUCCAGACUUCACCUUUAGCCUCUUCCCAGAACCCCUGGAGCUGGAUUGUCUGACUAGGCCUGCGCAGGGCCUAUGUAUCUGUACCAAUUCCAGGAGUUUGUGCUGGCAGAGGUGACGUCCCUAGCAACGGGCAGUUUGGAGUAUCUCACCUAGUAGGAGUUGGAAAUCCUUGGAGAUUUCUGCAGUGGAACUGCACAGAAACCACAGACAAAUUUGCCCGCUCUAGGUGUUUUCUGGAUAAUGGCGAAGAUGGUGAGAAGAACGUGUGCAUUUUGUUCAGAAGGGGAGGCUGGUUCUGUAAUGUAUAUUGCCAAAGAGAGAAAUAUUGCAGCUCAUCAGGAUUGUCUGUUAUUUUCCUCAGGAUUUGUGGAAUCUGAAGAGUAUAACCCAGAAAAUCUGGAUAUAAGAUUUGAUGUGGCAUCGGUGCUGAAAGAACUGAAGAGAGGAAAGCGGCUGGUGUGCAAUUUCUGUCGCAAGAAGGGAGCCACAGUGGGCUGCGAGGAGCGAGCCUGCCGCAGGAGCUACCACUACUUCUGUGCCCUCUGCGAUGAUGCAGCCAUCGAGACAGAUGAAGUAAAUGGAGUCUACCGAGUGUUCUGCCCAAAACAUGACCCAGGCAAUAGGACCAAUCACUAUGGUGCAGCUAAUAAGAGGAGAAGGCAUGCUCUGAAAUCUCCCACCAUCAUGGAACAAAGGGGCAGAGAAGAGACAGCAGAAGACGACAGUUUACGGAUACUCAAAAGAAAAAACAACCUGCAUAAAGUCCGAAUAGACUUUGUUAGGAAAUGCAAGCAAGCUGGGCUGUUGGAUGACAUAUUUGAAGAAAUGCUGGACACUCUUCACCUGGCACAGGAAAAGCUGAUGGAUGACAACACUUCAGAAACAGAGUAUGAAGAGACAGUCAUGUCACUCUUCGACUGUGGACUGUUUGAAAAUAUACUGACAAAUAUUCAUUCAGGAACAGAGGAAAAAAUCCAGGAACUUUUGGAAAGCAGAAAAAGACUGGAUACCAAGAUUGAGCUACUGCAGGACUUAAAGGGAGUUGUGCUUCCUACCCCAGAGAGCAGGGCUAGUACAUCCAGCACCGUGUCUGAGUAGCCCUGAGCCUGUCUGUGAUGUGUCAAUGUUUAGGAUUUUCUAAGGGUAGAAACCAUAGAGCACGUCGGGUUGGUGUCUGUGUAAUUUCCCCCCCAAGACAGGGACACAGGACAGAACUGGGUGUUUUAUUCAUUUUGAUACCUCACUGUUGCAAUAAUUUUAAGUUGUCCCUCCCUUUAAAUUUUGCUACAGAUCAAUGAGUGUUAUACACCCAAUUUAGCUUUUUUGAAAGCUCAGCAGGACCCUCCCCUAAAGCCUUUUUUCUCCAAGCCAAGGGUGCACCAGCAGCCCCAGGGCACUGGUGCCCGUGGCCGCUGCCUUCUGGCGGCAUCCAGGCGGGAAGGGUUCAGGAGCACAUUGCUGCUUUGGCUUUCCAAAGACAAGACAAAAAUUAGCAGAACUUGCACUCAAAGCAGCCUUCUGAAUUAUAAACAGGAGAGUGGGUUUUUGUAAUUCAAUGACUUGAUUGACUGCUUUAUACGUGUAACAAGUUCUGCUCUAAGGGCAGCGGUGAAAGUGUGUGUUUGCAGGCAGACCAGACACAGCUGGGCAUCAUACCUGAAACAUUUACAAUGUAAAAUGGGUCAAACCAUGGACUGUAUCUUCCUUUCUCUGUUACGAAAGGAUACAACUUCCGCGUGUUCCGUCUUAAAUUGUUUGACUACAGAAAGGCAUUGCUUAGUUAUAAAAGGGUAAGUUAAUGAAAAUAAACCUUUCUAAGAAA